UAGUCUGUGCAAGUGAUUUAUUGUGUGAUGUAAAAUACAAGUACAUACACCUAAAAAAUAGAAAUACCCCCCACAGUAACGAACUCGCAUUGCCCGUCUGUGUGAAGUCUAACGCUAUUUCUAAACGUUUGUCACUGUUUUUUUGUUGUUCACUUACCCGCUAACCACUAACAAAAUAAUUCCCAAAAAUGCUUACACUUGUACCGCCUUGUUACAACGUCAACACGCACCUUUGGGUUUGUGUGUGUAUUGGUGGCGUUGCCAUGGAAAUGGUUAUAUGUUGCAACACAACACAACAACAGGGUUCUGUGCAUCCCUUUUUUCCUUCGAAAGCAAGUUCUUGGCGUUUUGUGUUCGUUUUGCUCGUUCGUUUGGUCGACUUUUCCGAUCAAUUCUAUUACAUGUCCACGUGUGUUUGUCCCCGUCUGUGUGUGCACGUAUUUAUCUAUUGUUUGUGAAAAAAGAUGCUCGAACUGCAGCUAACAUCCGGCGAGAGUGAAAGCUUCUUCCAUCUAACCGUGACGGGCCAGCUCGAAUCCGCCCACUUCCCGAUGGGCCCGGACGGUGGUGGUCUGUUCUGCCGGUACGACAUUGUGGCCGGCCCGGACUGGGAACUCGUCUCCGGUCUCCGAUCGGCCGUCACGCAGAGCGCCCGCACCGAGUCCGACUAUCGCACGGUCGUGUUUAACAUGCCGGUAGAGUUUACGAUGAAAUCCACCAACCCGCACGGUUGGCCCCAGAUCAUCUUCAGCCUUUACGGCGCCAACAUCUGGAACGUAGAAACGAACCGUGGCUAUGCGAGGGUUCACUGUCCGCUGAGCGGCACGGGCUCGGAGAGGACAAUAAGAGCACCACUCUUCAUCCCGAAGUACUCGAACCUCUGCUCCGCGGCAAUGAGCUGGCUGAGCGGUGUGAAUCCGGAACUGCGCGACCCCAAGAUACUGGCCGACGGCUCCAAACACAAGGGUCUCGCGUGCGAGACGUACGGGGAGCUGGUGGUACGGCUGCAGGCAAUAUCACGUGGCAGCAGCCGGAUGGCACUGGACUGGGGCCAAACGGCCGUGGACGAUCGAUGAGGAGGAGGAGGUGCGCGCGCGCGUGUAUGUGUGUAGGAAAGAAACGCUGGCUUAAUGAAUAAAGGCACACAACGGCACGCUACGCACACGCU